GACACAGGGAGCACACAGCACCCUGAGUUAGAGCUCAGCCUCUCACUCUCACCUCCACAACAUACUCCUGACAGACACACUAACUCUCAUCCAGAUGCCUGGGCUGCAUGGUCCCAUGAGUUUACCUCCCUUCUAACAGAAUCCUGAACCCACCAGCACACACACACACACACACUUGCCUGCCACAGACAUACUUUGUGGAGGAUUUAACUCAACUGCUGCUGGCCCUAAGGGCAAGAAAGAAGGCUGCGCUUCUAAUUGAUGUUGGAGACAAGCUGUCAGCACUUAGAUGGACAACAUGGACUCUCCAGUUUACAGAAAAGCAUCAUUGAAGGAUUGUUGCUGAAGCAGACCAGUUCAUUCCAGAGGUGGAAGAAAAGGUACUUCAAGCUGAGAGGGAGAACUCUGUACUGGGCCAAGGACUCAAAGUCCUUAAUAUUUGAUGAAGUGUAUCUAUCCAAUGCGAGUGUCGCUGAGACGAGCACAAAAAACAUCAACAACAGUUUCACUGUGAUAACACCUUUCAGAAAAUUAAUCCUGUGUGCUGAAAAUAGAAAUGAGAUGGAAAAUUGGAUAACUGCACUGAAAUCUGUCCAAAAAAUGGAGAACUAUGAGACGAGUCAGCUGAACAUGGAACAUUUCUCAGGGAUGCACAACUGGUACGCCACGUCCCACGCUCGGCCCACCUUCUGUAAUGUCUGCCGUGAAGCCCUCCCAGGAAUGACCUCUCAUGGACUCUCCUGUGAAGUGUGCAAAUUUAAAGCCCAUAAACGAUGUGCUGUCAGGGCAGUCAACAACUGCAAAUGGACCACACUGGCAUCUGUAGGAAAUGACAUCAUUGAGGAUGAAGAAGGUAUUGCCAUGCCUCACCAAUGGCUGGAGGGGAACCUGCCAGUCAGCGCUAGAUGCGCCGUUUGUGAUAAAGCGUGUGGCAGUGUACGGAGGCUGCAGGACUGGAGGUGUCUGUGGUGCAAAGCAAUUGUUCACAAUGUGUGCAAGGAGCACUUUGACAGAAAAUGCCCGCUGGGGCAGUGCAAGCUGUCCAUCAUUCCACCAAUUGCUUUGAACAGCAUUGAUUCAGAUGGGUUCUGGAAGGCCACCAAUGCCUCGUCCUGCACCAGUCCUCUCUUGGUCUUGGUGAACUCCAAGAGCGGCGAUAACCAGGGGGUGAAGUUCCUCAGAAAGUUCAAGCAGCUGCUGAAUCCAGCACAGGUGUUCGACCUGAUGAUUGGUGGGCCCCACCUCGGACUCCGCCUCUUCCAGAAGUUUGACACAUUCCGAAUCCUGGUGUGUGGAGGGGAUGGCAGUGUGGGCUGGGUCUUAUCGGAAAUGGACAAGCUCAGUCUACACAAACAGUGCAAGCUGGGUGUGCUGCCACUGGGCACCGGCAACGACCUGGCCAGGGUACUCGGCUGGGGCGGCCUAUGUGAUGACGACGUGCAGCUGCUUCAGGUUGUGGCCAAGUUGGAGCGAGCCACCACGAAGAUGUUGGACAGGUGGAGCAUCAUGACCUAUGAAGCAGCAACGAAGCAUCCACUUCCCAUUGUGAACACGGACGAGGCCCCCAGUUCCCAGGAUCCAAUAUCUCAGUACGCCAACAUGGUUGUCUAUCACUUAACAAAAGUUCUCGAAUCUGACCAGCACGCUGAUGUCAUUUCCUCUGCCAGGUUUCUCUGUGAAACAGUAAGCAACUUCACAGCUGAGGUUGGCAAAGCCUACAAGAAGGUUGAAGAGAAUAAGGAAGAAGCUGACUCAAUUACAAACAAGUGUGAAAUGUUGACCAGAAAACUGGACUCCCUGGUCAAGGUUCUAGGUGAUGAAUCUCAGGCACUGAUUAUCCCCAUGGGCACCUCUCCACCAUCUACGGGUGAACAGGGUGAGAGCAAACCUGCCGAAACUGGAGGAGGCUCUGAAAACAGGCCAGAUGAAAACUCUAUGCCCAAAACAUUCAAGUCCAAGGAAGAACUUAUGCUACGAGCUAACAGUUUGAAGAAAUCUCUGAGGCAGAUCAUCAAGCAAGCAGAGAAAGCGAUUGAUGAACAAAACAAACAGAGUCAAGGGGUGCACAGCUGUCCCACAAACCCCAACCUGCCUGUCAUCAAGAGAGAGAAUGCAGAGGAACAGGGUGACAAGAACAUGGAGACACUGACACAGAGUGGCACAGUGACCUCUACAACAUCCACUAUCAUACUUGACCGAUCGGAUGGAACCAGUUCCACUGAGGAUCUCAGCUCAGCAUCUUUCUCAGAGAAAUGUGUCAUGAAUAAUUACUUUGGCAUUGGACUGGAUGCCAAGAUAUCACUGGAGUUCAACAACAAGAGGGAUGAACACCCCAAAAAAUGCAGAAGUCGAACCAAGAACAUGAUGUUGUAUGGAGUCCUUGGCACCAAAGAACUUCUCCAGAGAACAUACAAGAAUUUAGAGCAGCGUAUCCAUUUGGAGUGCGAUGGAGUGUCCAUCUCACUCCCCAGUCUCCAGGGCUUGGCAGUACUCAAUAUCCCAAGCUAUGCUGGUGGAAUCAACUUCUGGGGAGGAACGAAAGAGAAUGAUAGUUAUGGAGCACCAUCCUUUGAUGACAAGAAGCUGGAGGUAGUGGCAGUGUUUGGAAGCAUCCAGAUGGCUGUAUCCAGAGUGAUUAACCUGCAGUAUCAUCGGAUAGCACAGUGUCGCAUGGUUAAGAUCACCAUCAGUGGAGACGAAGGUGUUCCGGUUCAGGUGGAUGGAGAAGCCUGGAUCCAGCCCCCCGGAAUGAUCAAGAUACAGCACAAGAACAGAGCUCAAAUGCUGACCCGGGAUAGGGCCUUUGAAAGCACCUUAAAGUCCUGGGAAGUCAAGUGCAAAGGAGACUCCCUGAAGCAGCCAGCUCGGCACCGUCUGAGUUCCCAGCAGUCCAUGGAGUUCCUCACAGAGGAGGAGGUGGUGGAUGCCCACCAGUUUGCCCAGACGGCAGAAACCCUGAUCAACAGAGUGCACCAUGCAGCAGAGAGACAUGCAUUGGUUGAGCAGGAGCUGGCCCAUGCAGUCAAUGCCUGCUCCCAUCUGCUGAAUGAAAUCCAACCAAAGCAAAAUGCAACUGAGGCUAUCAGCAGGAGCGUGGUUGUGGAUGUCUUCAAUAAUGUUAAGGCCCUUUGCAUAGAGACCAAGACACUCCUCGAUGGCAAGCUACUGGAGUUGGGAGCUCCCUAUGAGGAGGAAUUGCUGGCUGCACUGAACAGUGUUGAGAGUGAACUCCAGAAGCUAUCGGAGCUCCAUUGGCUUUGCCAAGCCACUCAGGCCACUGAUGAGGAGGAACAUUCCAAGGGGAGGAACAAGAGUAGCAUGAAGAUCAAGAUCAAGAAUAUGUCAAAGAAAGAGAAACUCCAGAAGCAAAAGUCAAACAUCUCUCUGCUGGGAUCUGGAGAUAACCAAGGUGGACCACAUGAGGCAUAUUCAGUGUAUUAUUAGGGAUAUCAGUUGGAAAAUGGUCAUCUCCGGCCUGCGACAACCAGGCAAGACGAGAGGAGAGGGCCCGGUGACAACACUCAGCGUGGACUCUCCGUGAGCUGCCCCAUGGGUGCCAGUGGCACUGAGUGUCUCUAACUGUAAAGCAGAAUGAAUGUAAUUCCUGCCCUUGUAUCUCUCAUCGAGGCUUGCACGGCCAGACGCAUCUUGCAACCUCCACCACCUUCAAGCAUGACCUCAGGGAUCACCAUGGUUACUGACUGGGUACAAUACUGGAGGACCCUCCUCCUCUGAGGGAGCCACACAUCAAGCCAUCUAGUUAGUGAAUGAGCAAGCGAACUCAACAUGUGAGCGGUCACAAAGAGGACUGGUUUUCGUUUGGAUGCCCUGCCUUGAUGGGAUCUGACCAAUAGCACCGGCUUCACCACCUGUGAGAGGGUGGUUUAAUCAACAGCUCACACCCUCUCAAAUGCCAGAAUCUUGGCUCUCACUCACUGAACUCCUGUUGAGAAUCUUUGGGGAGCAAUCAGUAAACAUGGAUCUUAGGUCAGUACAUGACAAGCUGCAACCUCCAUGUCCACAGAAUAGGGAAAGAGCUCACAAUGAUCACAUGAUCAAUUGGCAUUACAAACACUCCAAGCCUGUUCCCCCACCUCCCAGGCCUCAGGAGUGUUUUAUGGAACAGUGUACAGGGAGCUUUACUUUCUGUCUAACCUGUGCUGUGCCUGCUUGAGUGUGUGGUGGCUUGGGGCAGGGGCAGCUUCACUCUGUGCGUGUGUGUUGGACCCAUUUAGUGGGAGCUUCUCUCUGUACCCUUUUGAACUUUGAUCAAGGGAUGUUACAGGCUGUGGAGACCUCCUGAUGACCAGGUAGAAUAAACCGUCACAGUUCAUAGUCCUUGCUGCAGGCCUACAUGUGCCAAGGAUUGGUGUUGAGGCCCGGAAUUGCCUGUUGUAAUGUGGGGACCAUGUGGAUGACAGCACAGGUUAACCGUGUUGCCUGAGGCGAAGGGGGAGCUGAUAACACAGGCCCCAUGGAGAGUCAAAUUUAAACAGAAGAGGUUGUUUUCCCUUUCUUAGACUCAUCAAGAAAAUCACCAGCACAGUGUGGAACCUGUCCAGCCCAGCCACAGUCACCAGUAGAACCAGCCCUGGGAAUGUUUUAUGGGGUAACUUAGAAAGAACAUUAGUCUCAGUCCUAGCCCCUGCUAUCCCUGUUCUGAGAAAUUCUUGAUGAGACACUGUAGAGGGAAAUUUACUCUUUUUCUAACUCCUGCUGUCCCAGCCAGAGUGUAUGAUGAGAAAGUAUAGCAGGAGAUUUAUUCAGUAUCUAACCUGUGCUAUUCCUGAGAUGGAAAUUUUUGAUGGGACACUGUAAUGGGAGCUUUACUCUCCAUGCUGUGUCUGCCUGAACAUGUGGCAGGAUAGUGCAAAGGAGUUUUAUUCUUUACCAAACCUACAACAUGCCCGCCCUCAGGGUGUGUGAUCGGCCAGAUUAGUGGGAGUGUUACACAGUGUCUAGCCCAAACUAUCUCUCCCCUAACAGUGUGCAACAGGAUAGUGUAAAGGGACAUUUACUCUGUAUAUUACCUGAGUUAUCCCUGUGGUGGGUGUGUAUUAAUGUAGAGAGAGCUUUACCAUGUAUCUGACAUGGGCUGUUUUUGCCCUAAUCAUGACACUGCAGACUUCAUUCCCAUGUGGAAUACCUUCUGUAGGGAAUGGCACCUGCACAGGGCUAAGUUCUAGAAAUGCAGCACUGGUUUUGCAAUCAGUGUUCUAUAUUUCCUGGGAAUGUCUGAUUGGUGAAUCACCCUUUAAGAAGUAAAGUUUUCCCAUCCCAAACAACAACACACCUCACGCUGGUACCAACAAAAAGUCGGGAAUUUGCAGCUCUCUGUAACCCUUUGCUCUUGGAGUGGAACUUCUGGAAUUACUGGGGUGAGAGGGUGACACUGAUGCCAGAAUUCUUCAGCUGUGUCCCAAAGGUUGGCAGAAGCAUUCCUGACCGAUAACUUCCAAGUGCUCUUCAGGCUGGCUUGGAGCAGUAGUCACAUGGAUAGGCCCAGGCUCCACCAUCACUGGGCCUGCCACAGCUGAGGUGGCAGGUUAACUUUCAAUGGUGGAGGAUUGCUGCUGUUAAUGCUGGUGAACUCCUGAGUGCAGUGACAGACCUGGGGAGAAUUAGGCCACAGCUGUAAUUCAGAUUCCAGCUCCAUAGAUGACCUACAGAAACUCCAGCAGUGCUGCAUUGCCAAAGGUGCCGUCUUUAAGGCCAGACUUUAACUUAAGUCAGAUGGAUGGGAAACAGACAAAGAUGUUCAGUGGAGAGUGGCAGAGUUUCCCUGCUUCUGGUAACAUAUCUCAACAAUCAAACCGAUACUCCAGUGAUUCCAGCCUGGUGAAUGGAGGGAGAGUUGGCUCUGCUCAGAUCAGCUGCAGCUUCCUUCAUUGCACUGCUGACAACAUUGAAAAUGCAUUUCAUUUGCUUUCACUUGCUUUGGAUAUCCUGAGGUCACAGAGGUUGCAAAACUAAUGUCAGUGUUUUCCCUAGUGAAGCCAGAUGCCCAUCCUCCUGAUGUUGACAGGGAGAGAUAACUCACUCUUCUCUGCUUCCCAUGCAGACAAGUAGAAUAAGGUAAUUCCAAACCGCUUACACUCCCUUCCCUUGUAGACAGGGAGAGAGAAAUCUCUCCCCUCUCAUUUCCCAUGAAGACAGGGAGAGUAAGAUAAUUCCAGGCCCCUCACUUGUCCUCCCAUGAAGACAGGGAGAGACAAAUCACUCCACUCCUAUUUCUCAUUUGGACAUAGAGAGCAGGGAUACUCCAGAUCCUUCACUCAUCCUCUCCAUUUAGACAGGGAGGGAUAAAUCACUCCCCUCCCACUCCUGGCCACAUGGGCAAGGAGAAGAAUGUAAUGAAGACACGUCACACUCCCUCAUAGACAAAGGAGUAACAUAAUGUAACUCCAGACUCCUCUCCCCAAUCCACCUUAUAGACAGGGAGAGUAAAGUAACCCCAGACCCCUUUAGUUCAGGGUUUCUCAUGCCAAUGAGCAGCUGUGCUUUGCAAACACUGACUGUCAGCCCCACUGUUUACAUCUGUAUGUAGCAAUGUGUGUGUAUAAAAAGUGAAUCCAGGAGAUGUAUUUAUUGUUUGAUGUAUAAGAGAUGACUUAUAAAGAGAUUUAUUUGUUUUGCACACAGGGAGCAAGGUUAAAUGUAC